AUGCAGGAUGCUGAUGAUGGAAUGAGCGGCGAAACCGUGCCGGAAGAGGAAGUAGAAGCGAUGGAUUCGUCUGUCGCAGAUGCGGACAUAGAUGCAGAAGCAGCAGUGAGGAUUGUUGAUGGGAUAGGGUCCUUUGGUGCAAUUGAAUUUUCUUCCCUGACAGCCAAAGACGUGCUGACGACGGAGUUCACAAGCCUACAGGCAGCUUAUGACUACUACAACGAAUUCGGUUGCAUGAAAGGAUUCUCGGUCAAGAGGUCCAAGGUGGGUCGCAGAACAAAGCAGGGGGCAGAGGGCAAAAUAAUUUGGCAGAUAUUUGUGUGCUCGAGGGAAGGAGAGCGCGACGGGAAACAUAUGCAUCGGGAAGACAGGAAGAAGGAUCCUCGACCGAUCACGCGGUGCAGGGGUCUGUCGCGGUCAUACAGAGCAGUCAAGGAAGGGGAUUUGCACCAAAUCAAUUCCAUAAGGAAAUCUGGGUUGCAGGUGCCGACGAUUUUCCGUGCGUUUGCCAAUCAGUCAGGAGGAUUCGAGACUGUUGGGUUCGAGUCGCUGGAUGUUGACAAGAGGUUGGAAAAUCUCUUCUGGUGCGAUGGUACAAGUCGUUAUAACUACAGCGUCUUUGAUGAUGUCCUGGGUUUUGAUGCAACUUACGGUCGUAACAAAUACAAGUGCCCUUUGGUAAUAUUCUCAGGGGUGGACCAUCAUAUGCGGACGGUGGUGUUCGGCUGUGCCAUCUUGAGCAAUGAGAGCGAAGCAAGCUAUGUGUGGUUGCUGCGGUCAUUUCUUGAGGCAAUGAAGGAAAAACAGCCGAAGUCUGUUAUCACGGACGGUGACCUCGCCAUGAAGAGUGCGGUUAGCACAGUUUUUCCUGGUGCACAUCAUAUGUUGUGUAGCUGGCAUCUGUUAAGGAACGCCACUGCUAGAGUUGGACGGCUGGGUUUUCCUAGGAAAUUCUGUCUAUGCCUCAUGGGAGAUCUAGAGGUUAACGAAUUUGAGACAAUAUGGACAGAUAGCGUGGUGGACCACGGGUUAGAGGAUCAUCCGUGGAUAGUAGAUAUGUAUUCUAAGAAGCAUUCCUGGUCUAAUGCCCAUAUCCGGGAGAAAUUCUUCGCAGGACUGAAGACGACAUCCAGGUGCGAGGCUUUGAAUAUGCAGCUUGGAAAAUUUAUACACAACGGGUACAAUCUAAGGGAGUUUGUGGAGCACUUCUAA